UCCCUCCUAUCAAUCCAACCCCUCUCCAUCUCUCUCCACUUUCUCUCUCCAUAAAGUAUUUUCCCAAAAAAAAAAUGGCAGGAAGAAAACCUAACAAUUCUGCAGCCACAGGGGCAGAGUUCGAAGACCUGUUGCCGAUCAUGGCCAAUAAACUGGGAGGGGAGGGCCUGAUAAAAGAGCUGUGCAAUGGGUUUUGCCUGUUGAUGGACAGGGAGAAAAAGGUAAUUACAUUCGAGAGCUUGAAGAGGAACUCGGCGGUUCUCGGGUUGCAGGGCUUGAGAGACGACGAGUUGCAGAGCAUGGUGAGGGAGGGCGAUUUGGACGGCGACGGGGCCCUCAACCAGAUGGAGUUUUGCGUUCUGAUGUUCAGAUUGAGUCCUGAUCUCAUGGAGGAGUCCGAGGCUUGGCUUCAGAGAGCUUUGGAACAAGAGCUUGGGAAAUGAAUUAUUACUAAUUUUUGAUCCUGUAAAUUGGUUUUUUUUUCCCUUCCUUUUCUCCUGUUCAAUCGGAAUUGGAAUAAUAACAUUGUUUGACUGGGUUUCUUCACGAUGAUAUAGAAGCAAUUGAUUGAAGAGAA